CACCUGAAUCAGUCGGUGAUCUCCCUCAGUACCGACCGCAUCCAUCAUCGACUAGCUCCGAGCUCUUCGAAUAUUUAUUUAAUUAAUUAAUUAAGUUUUUAUAAAAUAUUUCAAAAUGUUUUCUAUUGUUUCAUAUGUUGCGCGCGUUAAUUCAAAACAUUCAAUGAUUUCCCUCGGUGCAAUUGCUGCAGGGAAAAAUUACAAGUUACAACUAUUAGGAAUAAUCCGGGGAAUAGCGAUGAAGUCUAUUAAAUUGUCAUCGGGAUACGAUAUGCCAACAGUUGGCCUUGGCACGUGGCAGACUAAACCUGAAGAAGUCGAAUAUGCUGUCACAACAGCUCUGCAUUUUGGAUAUCGACACUUUGACACGGCAUUCAAUUACAAAAAUGAAGAAGCUGUUGGUAACAGUUUGAAGAAAUGGUUUGCUGAAGGCGGUAAAAGAGAAGAUGUCUUUGUCACUACCAAGUUGCCACAUUUUGGAAACCGACCAUCAGAUGUCGAGAAAUAUGUCAAGUUGUCAUUACAAAAUCUUGGAUUAGAUUAUAUAGAUAUGUACUUGAUUCACAUGCCUUUUGCCUUCGUCUGUGAUAAAACUGGCCUUGCACCUGUUAUUAAUGAGGAUGGAAGUUACAAAUUGGAUUUGGAGACUGACCCUGUCUCUGUUUGGAAGGAAAUGGAGAAGCAAGUGAAAGCUGGACGGCUAAAGUCCAUUGGGAUGAGUAAUUUUAAUGAGAACCAAAUACUAGACGUGUGGAAUAAAUCUGAAAUAAAACCCAGCAAUGUCCAGGUCGAGUUGCACGCGUAUCAUCAGCAAAAACCACUGAGAGAGUUUUGUAAAAAUCUUGAUAUCGCAGUGACUGCUUACAGUCCGUUAGGCUCACCUGGAUCCAAAGAAUACUUUCAAGCGAAAUACAAUUACAGUCCUGACCAAUUUCCAGACCUGCUACGACACCCGGUCGUUCAAAAAAUCGCAAACACUCAUGAUAAAUCGACGGGACAAGUUUUGUUGAGAUACGCGGUACAGAUAGGAGUGAUAGUCAUUCCAAAGAGCACUGAUUACGAUAGAAUUAAAGCAAACAUUGAUAUUUUUGACUUUGAACUGACUGCUGAGGAAGUAAAAGAUCUAGAAGCUCUGGAUCAAGGACCUGCUGGUCGAAUCUUUACAUUUUUAUUCUUCAAAGGAGUUGAAAAUCAUCCGCAAUAUCCGUUCAAAUAUUUACUCCAGGAGGAGAACAAGGCAUCAGCGACCAAUUAAAAUAA